AUGAGGAAACAUAAAAUAAAACGUGAGAUAGAAGCGUCCUCGUCGAAUAUAAAGGAAGAACAUGACCUAGCAUACUACAUCCAUGACCGUGUUGAGUUGAUGCACCAAGUCUUCUCGAUGAUCAAGCCGAAAGAGCUGAAAGCAAUGGCUCCAAGCUGCGUGCAACAUAUAUCAAUAGAUAAUUUGCAGGAGUUAUGCACGGAGGAGCUCCUCGGUAUUAGUUCCAAACGUCUCUGCGCAAUCCUAGAUGGCGCUGAACCACCCACUGACACAGAAUCAUCAAGCUCUGAACAAUUGGAGACCAUAUCUCUUGAUAGUAUAUCGUCAGACGAUGAUGUAUUGAGUGAACCGACGGCUAAAAAAAAGCACAAACACAGGAAGAAACAUAAAAGCAAAACCAAGCAUAAGCACAAGCAUUCAUCGGAAUCCGAGGAUAAUAAUGAUACAGGCAAGGAAACGGAGAAAUCUCGAGCCACACGAGCCGGGCUGACGGUGCUCGAAUUAUUGGAGCUACAGGCUCGAGCUCGAGCAAUAAGAGCACAGCUGUUGAAGGAUAACGCUGGCAGGAUUGAAGAUACGGAACCCGACAGAAACCAUUCUUCAGAUGAAGUCGAGAUCAAGGAGGAGCCGCCCGAGGUUUUAGAGAUCAGUAGCGAUGAAGAAAAACCAAAAGUCGAAGAGUUGCAGAAAAUCGUUAAUAACGUUCCAAGUAAGCAGCAGGCAUCAAACCAACCUUCAACUAGUUCAGAAAAUACCGAAAUGAGAUCACAAACAGUCACUAAAGUUGUAAAUGACUUGGUCAUCACUAUACCAGCGAAACCAACGAAGAAAAUAAAACUCAAUAGGAACAUAUCACUUAAGAAUAGUGUUAGUGAAGUGAAAGAUAUUGUUAGGACACAAGAAAAGAAAGAAAAAGAAAAACAAGAUAAGAAAGAAAAAGAUAAGAUAAGAAAAAAGAAAACAAAGAAAAAAAGUAAAGAUGGCAGCGAUCAUGAUGAAAUAACGCUUCAAUUAUCAGAUACGGAAAAGAUGGAUUUAUUAGAAGAUUUGGAUAGGAAGAAUUUUGAUAAUGUUACGAGUUCCAAUGAUAGUUCUUCAGAUGAAGAGGAACCAACAGAAAAACUGAACAUACAAAACAAUGAAAUAACACACAUAGAUGUAAACCAUGAAAAUAAAGAAACCGAAUCUUUGAAAGAUACUGAAAAUAUAGCGAAUAAUAGUGGUGUUAUUGAGGUUACAGAAGAUUCUGAUAGAAGUAAUAAUCAAGAAGAUAAGAAAGAAACGGAAACAGAAGUAGAACAUAGUAAUAAUGAAAAUACGGAUAAAGUUAAUGAAGAAGUUGAUACUCAUAAUGAAAAUAGUACGAAAGAAGCGGUCGAAGACGGAGAAAUAACUAGCAAUAAAGAAUUAUCAGACGGAGAGAUUACGGAGGGAGAGAGAGAUGUCGUCUGCAUUUCCGACGAUGAUACGGAGAUACAUAAAAAGAAGAAAAAAGAUAAGAAAUCCAAAAAGGAGAAGUUGGAUUUUCAAGAAAGUUCCGAUCAGAACUUCUUUAAAGACAACGAUGAAAAUAUUUACGAAGUUCUGGAACUAUCAGAUUCUGAUUACGAAGUUGAUAUACAAGUAUCACAAGAGCCGACCGCUGAGGAAAUGAAAGCUCUAUCUGCUAAAAUAGAUGAAAAAACUAAAGAAGAAGAUAUUAACAUAUCUUGGAGGGACAGAUACUUGGACAGCAAGAAAGUAAAAAGAGUAUUAACAACAGCAAACUUACUCAACGCUAUGAGAAAGAAGAAUAGAGAACUUAAGAGCAAACUAGAAAUGAAACCGCAGAAGGAACAAGAAGUACAGACAGAUGUUAAUAUAGAAGGGACAGUAGAAGAGUUUAACACGUUAGAAGGUUCCACCAAAUACGUGGACCCAAUAAAAGAAAAAGAUCUAACAAAGGAAAUGAAAAAAGACGCAAAACAACUUAUAAAGAUGUACAAAAUGUUGAUGAAAUAUAACGACAUCAACAAACAGAAGGACAAAAAGAAGAAGAAGAGUAAGAAGAAUAAAGAAAAGAAGAUUACAAAUGAUACUUGA